GGUGUGUAUUGCCUCAUUUGUUGUGAGUAGCAGUAGUUGUGAGUGAUUGUGUUUCGAGUUUUGUUUGUUUCCCAUCAAAUUCAUAGCACAUAGCGUUAAGACCUCAGUUCAAAACAACGUUCUUAGUGCUAUUUAAAAGCAAGUAACCUACAAUGCCUCUACCUCCGGCUCUAGCUGCAAAGCUAGCUAAACGAGGCCUUGUAGCUCAACACCCAGAAAAACGCGAACGUGAAACUAAAGAAACGAAAGUAGCAUCAUGCUGCCCAAACAAAUAUAAUAUAUAUCAUGACUGCACAACAUGGUGUCAAGUGCACUGGAAAGUACAAUCGUCACCUGAACCAAGAUACUUAAAAAAUAUUAGAAAACUACUGGAGAAAUAUCCACUUCCAAAAAACUGCACUGAGCAGUUUGACACAGGUAUAGGAAGGUAUUACUAUUGGAACAUGGAAAAGAAUCUAGUCUCAUGGCUGCCACCAACUCAUCCCAAGGCUGUCCUCACAGAGUCUGCAUCUAAACUUCGUUCAAGAUUAAAGGAAGAAGAGGCAUUUGAUAAAGAAAGCAGAGAGAGAAAUAGGGAUCGUGAACGUCGCGAUGACAUAAAUAGAGAUCGUAUAAAAGACAGGAGCAGAGAUGAUGACAGAAGGUCCAAACAUGAUGAUAGAAGUGAAGGAAAGAAAAAACGGUUCAAGCUCUCAGAAAAGUUGGAUCCAAUGGAUCCUGCAGCAUAUUCAGACAUUCCUAGGGGAUCAUGGAGUGAUGGUUUGGAGAGUAACAAGAGUAAGGCUGAUUCAACUGCAUCAGGGGCAUUAUUUCAACAGAGACCAUAUCCAUCACCUGGUGACAUUUUGGAAGCUAACAAGUCCAAGGGAUCAAAGAACUCAAACAAAUAUGACUAAUAAACAUAAAACAAAAAUACUGUUUAGUUUAAACUAAUCUAUCUAUUUAAAAUAUUAGCUUGCUUUUCUGUUGCAAUCUAUCAAAAAUAAUUUUGUGACUUAACUACCAAAUCAAGUUGGAAAACUAUAAUAAGUCUUGUAAAAAGAAAUCAGUUGAGUGUAUUUGCAAUAGUUGUUGGGUUGAAAAUUGCUAUUCAUAUUGUUUUCACUUACACGUAAAUCGCAGUCGCAGUCACUUCUGUUGCUCAUUUUAAACUUAUAAUAGCUGGGUUGCAUAGGUUCGUUCUUCCACUUUUCUUUACGACUUGACCCUUUAACAUUCGGUGCAGACGUUGUAACAUUUCCACAAGUUCCAUUAUUCGCUGUACAACUCGCCUCGGUAGUGGUUGUCCCAGUUGGCAGUAAAGUGGUCGCAGUGGAAUUGCUUAAAACCGUCGCAAGCGUCGUGACUUUCGGACUAGAAGUUGUUGCAAUUGUACUAACAACACUGCUACAUAUGGGUGCGCUCAACCACCCAAGACAAACGAGCAAUAUCAACGCUUUCAUGUUCAUCUACGAUUAUCAGUUAAUACGAUAAAUGUAGAUGCGUCACUUGUAUUCAAUCCCAAACUUGUGAAAAUUUCUGAAGACUACGUUCAAAUCGAAAGUCACUACGCCCAUCGCUUCGGUGUUCAAUUUAUACCGAUCAUUUGUAGAAAAAAUUAAAUCUGGAUAUUUCAGUUGAGGUCCUCCACCGAGAAAGUACUGCACAAAGCGUUCUUUGAUAUUGCCAAACGGACGCCAAGUAUAGCAGUGCAAAAUGUGACUUCCUGUGGUGGUUGGAAUGGUAACGAAGCCGUAGCCGAAUAGGUGACACCUCCCAAGCCAGUCCAAGUGAUAAACUUGAAUGUAGAUCUUCGGCCAACCUUGCAAUCCAGUGGUGACUAAAUGCACGUCGAUCGGAAAUGUCCAACGGCAGGUGUUUUCAAACAAAGAGCUUGUCACCUGCGUUUGACCCUCCGCUUUUCCUGAUAUCAGCUUCCAGUUUGAUCCUGAUUUAAGUUGAUUUUUGUUAUAUUACGUAAUUUGAAUUAAUUGAUUGUGUCAUAUACCUACCGCAAUGUAAGUUCCACUUGCAAAAGAGGCUUUGAAUCGGAAAAUCUUUAGCGCUAGUUAUUUCGCCAAUAAUAUACACUUCAGCCAUUGAAGUUCUCUCAGGACCCACCGAAAAAGCUUAUACCACGAUGGAGAAGGUUUAUUGUUGACGCGUAAUAAAUACAAACAUUUUGCUUGGUAACGGGCGCAAUUGCAUACAAACAAAUAGUGCACGAUACUAAUAGUAUAAAAUGUGAGCACACGAGAUGGUACAAAGGGUGGCUAUUUUUUUCAUACAAGUUUACCUUGUUUUAGUACAGCUAUUCAAUGCUACAAAAAGACAUUAAAUAAUCUAAUGCGGCAUUCUAAGAAAUAUUGAGCAUUUGGCUUUUUAAGAUAUUAAUUGCCAAAAAUUAAAAUUUAAACUCUAGGAGUCUAAUAAAAAUUAAUGCAGAUGCAAAGAGCAGGCCUUGUGGCAUGCCAUGCUUUACCAUACAAAAUUUUGAAUUUUCUUGUCCGCAUUUAAAUCAUUUAGUUAACUGUAGUCUAACCUUACAUUUUGUGUGUCUAACUCAUGUUUGAAUUGCAUUUUUCGUAUUAAUAUAUUAUUUAACAAUGAAAAGUAAGCAAGAAUUAUACAAAAACACGAUUCAGGUUCAACAACUGACCAGCAUAAAACAGCAAAUACAACAAAAUCUAGAACAAUUAAACAAUGCCCUUAUAUCUAAUGAUUUAUUAUUUCUACAACUAACUACUUUGGCAAAAAAUGAUACAAAUCAAAAAGAUGCCCCAAUACAGUUAAGGAAUGAACCAGUUAAUAGUAAAUCUGUAGAUAAUUUUGGGGUAAUCAACGCAAUUCAACUAGACUUGGGAGAAUCGGCAAAAUCUAGGAGAGUUCCAACCACAAAUAUGGAUGAGGAAGAUGACACAGAGGAUGAAGAUGAUGAUUGACUUGCUUGUGUUUGUAUUCACUGUUGUCAUGGUAAUUCAAAUAUAACAUAAAGUGUAAUAUCAGUACAUAUUUUAUCAAAUAAUAUCUGAAAAUGUCUAAAGUAAAGACUGGGCAAUUCAAA